GAUGGCACUUAACUUGAUGGAUUUAAGGGAAUUGCAAGAGCAAAUCGACUAUUUAAAACUAAAGGCUGAUCCUUCGAAAACCAUAAACUCCGACGGUAGGAGUAUUGAAUCGACAACGGAUACGGAAGAGACGCCUAAAUCGAAUGUAUUGAACGACUUUGCCGAGUUAGACCCCUUUCUUUCAAAAACUGUUUCUAGCGAUGAAUUAAACGUUUGCGGUGAAUUGAAAAUAAUGGACGAACAAUCUAAUAGUAGCACAGACGAUUAUCGUCCAAAGGAUAAGCCCUUGUACGAAAAUGGAACGGAAAGUGAUACUAUUAAAAUUAUGCAUGGAUUAUCCGAGGAAGUUAACGCACUUAGCGUUGAAAAUAAACGACUUUACGACGAAAUUAACUUAGCAGCAAAAGAACGGGUUCAUUUGCAAACGAAAUUGGACAAGUUAGAAUGUCAGGAAGAAGAAGAACAACAACAACAUCAACUUGACGAUUUAGAAACCAUGAAAAGUCAAUUAAGAAGCGAAAACGAUAAGGAGAAAGCAGUUGAGUUAAUUGAUAAGAUACUCUUCCAGAUGAGUAAAAUGGCCAAGAGAUCCGAUUCUCAACAAGAGACAAAAUUGAAAUCUCUAUCCGAAGAAAAUAAAGACUUAAAGGUGAAAGUGGACAGUUUAGCUACGCGAUUAGAGAGUUCACAAACGGAUAUGAAUAAGAUACGCAACGAAAACGAAGUGUUAUCUAUUCAACGAGACGGUGAUUCUUCAAAGAAGGAUAUUCUUGAAGAGAAAAUCUUUAGACUUCAAACUGAACUUGCCGAAAAGGAGGAGGAGACGGUAAAAAGGGAUAGAGAUAAACUACACCUUCAGGAACAGUUGACAUUUAUGCAAUCCGAACAGCAAUAUCUUUUAAAAGCUGUUAAAUUAUUAGAGGAUAAAUCGAAAAAGAAUUUAGAAGAACAAGUCGAAGAUUUAAGAAAACUACAAUCUUUAUUAAACAACACUCGAUCAAACAUACAAACUCGAUUACCUUCGGAUCAUGAGGUAUUUACCGAACAAUGGCUCGACAAUAUUAAGAAUAGUAAAAAGACAAAAGCAAAGGAAAUACUAUCGGAGAUCGACGAAGACGCCCUUAAGGUUCUCAUUGAUUGUAUCCAAAUUGAAUUGUACGAGAGACGAUUAGAAACAAAUAAAACGACUGACGAACUCAGGAAAAGAAGGUUAGCCAUGCUAGUCGAAGCCUAUACAGGUAAAAAAGAAGACGAAUCGUUAAAUCUAGCAGAAGAGGCCAUUAAAUUAGGUAAUGAGGGCGUUUUUGCUGAAUAUAAACCAUUCGCUAGAAAGAUUGCUCAACCGAAAUUAUCCAAGGAGAAUCCCUGUCCAGAUGAAAACAAAAAAUCAGGUAGUUUAGAGGAAUAUCGUGCAAAAACGUUAUCAAAGAGAAAUGAGCCGUUAUCGAUCGGUAGAGAAGAGGAAAAAUUAUCUACUAGUAUUCCUACCAAGAAGGAAAUAUUAACGAAAACUCCAUCCUAUACAAAUUACGAUCGGAAUAAAGAUACUCUUUCAAGAACGACACCAUUACCGUCGACAAACAUUGAGAAAACUAUUGACCCUUUGAGUAGAACAACACCGUUAGCUAGCUAUGAUAAAAGACAACUGCUCUCUAGAACUUCUUCUCCUGGCUCUAAUUACAAGACAACCAUUUCCGAAAGUCUAUUGAAAAAUGAUAAGAGGAGAGAAGAUGUAACGAAAACUCUUCCAAACAACGAAAAUCGUUCAUCAAAGUAUAAUCCUCCGGAGUUUUACGAACAGAAAAGAGAAGACAUUUUGGGCUCAAGGUCGGCGUUGCGUAAUAGUGAAAGUAAAGAGGUAAAAUCUCCUAAAAUGUAUACUUCAAAGAUCGACAAUAGAAACGACGAUUUGGCAAGACCAAACUCAGUUGAGAGUAACUAUUUAGCAAAUAACAGUUCACUUAAUUACUCAAUCAAGGAAUCGGAUUAUCCAAAAAGCGGAACGACCAGUGAUUUUAGAAAGAAAGAGGAAUCACCGCUAAAUUAUAGGCCUUUAAUUAAUUACGAAAAAAAGGAAAAUUCAUUAGAGUCAAGUUAUUCUAGGAUUAAAUCACCGUUAUUAAGUAAGAAGGACAAGGAGGAUUCGGUAAUGAAUAAAAGUGGGGGUGUAGGAAAUUACGAAAACCCCGAUAGACUAUGGAGAAUGACAUCGUUAUCGAAUUACGAAGACAAAGAUAAGUUUAUGGUAAAGCAAGAUCCUUUAGUAAAUUAUGAAGAGAGAGAAGAGGUUAAAAGAAAAGCCGCUUAUCCUAAAUUGUUACAAUCGACAGGUAAUAUAAGAAGCAAAUCUUCCUAUUCCAGUUCUUCCUUACAGAAUUUGACUGAUAAAAAAUCAACAACUAUUGAUAUUCCACCUAAAGAAAACAAAAAAUGGACAGACGAAGAGAACUUGCCAUUGAACAAGAAGAGCUCUUCAUCAUUCUGUAGCCUUUUAUCACCAAAUUUGCAAGCUGUACGACAAGAGGUUUUUAAUAAAGCAAAAAAUGGUUUUUCACUAAGCAGCGAAAAUGUAUCUAAACAAGAAGAUGCUAAUAGAUCCAUAGAAGAGUGGAGAAUAUCCACACCUGCCGGUAUCGUUGUUGAUGAUGAUAAUAUUAUUGGAAAUACUCCUAAAACGAGAGCAAAAUUACCUUCCGCAAAUUCUGAGCAUGGUUCAGAUCUACUCGUCACUAUGGAUGGCGAUAUUAUCAAAAGAAGACAAUUACAAAAGAAGGAUUUUCCGCGAAAAUUAACGGAUAUGGAAGCGUUAGAACAGCACAAAUACGUUCAAGGCAUUAUUUCAAGAUAUUCAACACCUAACAAUAAAAACAACGAUCAUAGCGAACAUUUACGUUCACAGGCGCCACCUUCAGCUGAAAAUGUUGAUGAACUAAUUGAUAAAUACGCUAAGCUACUUAGGGAAAGGCAAGCCGAAAACGACGAAGAUAUAAGAGAAAAGAAUUCAAGUGAUUUAUUUAUCUAA